AUACAGAACACUACAGACACCUUGCUGGAUUUAACCGGACGUAACAUGACAGACUUCCUGCUGAAGAAGUUUGAAAACUCGGGGAAGACGAGGUUGGGAGGCCUUUCGGUCGGAGGAGUAAACUCUCAGGUCCGUAUGAGCGAGGCGGCGAUCGAAGCGUCAUUUAGAGAUCUCCGGGAGCUCAUCACUCCUUUCCAGGAUAAUGUGACGGAUCAGAUCCUGCAGAAUGCAGAGGUGCUGCUGAAGAAGCUGGGAACCAGGGACAAUGUGAAGGUGUGGUUCUACAACCAGGCGUGGCAUGGCAUGGCAUCCUUCCUCAGCGUGGCCAACAACGCCAUCCUGAGGGGCAACCUGCCUGCAGGAACGGACCCCCGCAGCUACGGCAUCUCCGUGUCCAACCACCCCCUCAACCUCACCAAGGCGCAGCUGUCCUACGCGGUCAUGGCCACGACUUCCACCGACGUGUUGGUGUCCAUCUGCGUUAUCUUCGCCAUGUCCUUCAUCCCGGCCAGCUUCGUCCUCUUCCUCAUCCAGGAGAGGGUGAACAAAGCCAAACAUCUGCAGUUUGUCAGCGGAGUCAACCCCGCCGUGUACUGGCUGGCCAACUUCGCCUGGGACAUGUGUAACUACAUCGUCCCGUGCUUGAUAGUGAUCGUGAUCUUCCUCUGCUUCCAACAAAAAGCCUACGUUUCCCCCCCCAACCUUCCUGCUCUGAUUCUGCUGCUCCUAUUGUAUGGGUGGUCCAUCACCCCCAUGAUGUACCCCGCCUCCUUCUUCUUCAGCGUGCCCAGCACAGCGUACGUGGUGCUGACCUGCAUCAACCUCUUUAUCGGGAUCAACGGCAGCCUCGCCACCUUCAUCAUGGAGCUCUUUAAUGACGAUAAUGUGUCCCGCAUCAACGACAUCGUGAAGCAGGUGCUGCUCAUCUUCCCUCACUUCUGUCUGGGGAGGGGGCUCAUCGACAUGGCCAAGAACCAGGCCAUGGCCACGCUCUUCAGCAACUUCGGGGAGGACCGUUUCCAGGACCCGCUGAGUUGGGACAUGGUGGGGAAGAAUCUGUGCGCCAUGUCCAUCCAGGGAGCCGUCAUGUUCACCGUCACCAUCCUCAUCCAGUACAAGUUCUUCUGCAAGCCCCGGCUGGUUUCAGGGAAGUCUUUAUCAGGGGAGGAGAAGGAGGACGUCGACGUGGCGCGGGAACGAGAGCGUGUGCACGGAGGCGGAGCGCAGAGCGACCUGCUGAGGAUCUGUGACCUCACCAAGGUGUAUUCUCGGAGGAGCUCUCCCGCUGUGGAUCGGCUCUGUGUGGGAGUACCUGCUGCAGAGUGUUUCGGCUUGCUGGGAAUCAACGGGGCCGGGAAGACCACCACCUUCAAGAUGCUGACGGGAGACAUCCCCGUCUCCGGAGGGGAGGCUUUCCUAAACGGGUACAGCAUCCGGACGGAGAUGAGGGACGUGCAUCAGAACCUGGGAUACUGUCCUCAGUUUGACGCCAUCGACGAGCUGCUGACGGGGCGCGAGCACCUGGAGCUUUACGCCCGGCUACGAGGAGUCCCAGAGAAAGAGGUCGCAAAGGUGGCAGAGUGGGGGGUGCAGAAGCUGGGGCUGGUGAAAUACUCCAACAAGUCUGCAGGGACGUACAGUGGCGGGAACAAACGCAAACUGUCCACCGCCAUCGCGCUCAUCGGCUGCCCUCCUGUCGUCUUCCUGGACGAGCCCACCACAGGCAUGGACCCCAAGGCCCGGCGCUUCCUGUGGGACUGCAUCCUGAGCGUCAUCAAGGAGGGACGCUCCGUCAUCCUGACCUCUCACAGCAUGGAGGAGUGUGAAGCUCUCUGCACCCGCAUGGCCAUCAUGGUCAACGGUGCCUUCAAGUGCCUCGGGAGCAUCCAGCAUCUGAAGAGCAGGUUCGGUGAUGGCUACACGGUGACGGUGCGUGUGGGCGGCUCCCCCCCCGCUCUGGAGCCGGUGGAGGGCUUUGUGCAGCAGGGGUUCCCAGGCAGCGUGCUGAAGGAGAAGCAUCACAACACGCUGCAGUACCAGCUGCCCUACACAGAGGGGGCGCUGGCACACAUCUUCAGCCAGUUCACCUGCCACCAGCAGCGCCUGCAGGUGGAGGACUACUCCGUCUCCCAGACAACGCUGGACCAGGUGUUUGUGAACUUUGCGAGGGACCAGCAUGCGGAGGAGGACGCUCGGACCUUCGACAACGCCGUGGACACUUCAGACGAGCUGCCGCUGAAGGCGGUGAAAAGUCAAGAGGAACACCUGAAACGAGUCUGAACACAUUUCAAUUGACUCUGGCCGAGGGAUGAUGACGUUUCUGAAUCUGCAUGAUGUGUCCAGAAAUGACACAUUUAAAUGUUUGUCUUCCAUCGCCCUUUGUACCCAAUCAUCUCUUACUUAACCAAUCUUACUCCAGCCUUAUCGUGCGUAAUCAAAUCCUUGUUUCAUUAAAGUGAAAGAAUACUCUUUUAGCAGUUUUAAAUAUGUUUUAUAUUUUGUCAGUGGAAAGAGGAACUGCAAAGAAAGGACAAAAAUAAUGAGUUUAUUUUAUUAAAAACAAGUAAGGAUAUUGAAAUGAGUCUUAAAUAGGAGAACAUUUCAAAAAGAGUUGGUGAAUGCACUGUUAUCAAGAGAAAUUACCAUUUAGAAAACUAGUAAGCUUUAAGGACUUCAUUCAAAGUAGAAGAUUAUUUCAACGUGUCUGCAUCAGGAGAAAUCUUCUUCCUACACUGCACUGAUUAAAGAGAAAUCAAACACUCUUACUGCACUUUUUCAGGUUUUCUAAUCAACUCUAAAGACUUAAUUUCAGAAGAAAAUGACUUAAUUUGAAGGACGCCGCUUAAUGCUUGUCUGGGUUUUCCCUUUCCUGUAGUGUGUUAUACUCAUUUGCAGCACUGACGCUUCUAUAGGCUAGCACUCCAACACAUUGACAUCUCUAAGCGGUUGACCAAUCAGAGCAGACCUGGGCUCUGGUGAACAUGUCACAGUAGAAGCACAACAUACUAACAUGAGCAUGGUAGGGCCUCUUUGAGGAGAUGUUUGGUAUAAGGUUUACUUUGCCGUAUAUUGGAGUAACAAUCCUCUGAAAGCUUCACACACUGCACAGGAUGCCUCGGGAUCAAACCUUAUUUGAAAUGAUAUUUGAAAUGAGUUAUAAUUUGCUGCUGGUUCUAAUGAUGCACCACAGUUAGUUGCUACCUCAUAUUUCCCACUCGUAUAUCUCUGCAGAAUAUCUAAUGAAUGUUUCCAACAGAUUCAUAUUUAAUGACAUCUUUAAGGCAUUUUCUUGUGAAAUGUAUUUUAUUUAUCGCUUCUUCUUCUUUGCAGAAUCUAAAUAACAUACGACCAGAAGAGAACUGUCAUAAUAUUACAUAAUUAAAUAUAUAUAUAUAUUUAUUCACAACGUGCCUUCAAACACCAGCAUGCCUUAUUUACUCUAAGAUGUGUAAACAACGUCAUAAUAUGCAACUAUAUAGAACAUUUAAUUGUGAUUUUUUAUCUUUACUUUCAUUUCCUUAUCAUGUUUACCAUUUAGAAAAUGCCGUUUACAGUGAUAGUUUGCACUGACAACAAACAUGUCACCUCUGCAUAUCUCAGGAAUGUGUUUAUGUGCAAUUUGCCUCAGGACAAUCUACAUGUAAAGAGUUAUUUAUAAUAAAUCAUGCUUGUGUGUACUGUACAACAUUUAAAGAUUGU